AUGUUGGACUUUGAUUUCGAAAAAGUCUGCUCAGUAUCCUUAUCAAAUUUAAAUGUAUAUGCUUGUUUAGUGUGUGGUAAAUAUUUUCAAGGGCGCGGGCGUAAUUCACACGCUUAUUUCCAUAGUCUGCAUGAGGACCAUCAUGUCUUUAUCAAUUUACAUACACUACAAGUGUAUGUUUUACCUGAUGGAUAUGAAGUAAAAGAUUCUUCCUUGAAUGAUAUAAAGUAUGUGCUUCAUCCAACAUUCACCGGAGAACAAGUUGCUCUGUUAGACCAGAAUACAAAACACUCGUAUGAUUUAAAUAAUAAGAAAUAUUUACCAGGCCUCAAUAAUGUAAAAGCCAAUGAUUAUGUUAAUGUGAUAAUACAAGCAUUGGCGCAUAUUCCACCGCUUAGAGAUUAUUUCAUCCUGCAAAAUUUUGAAAAUAGUACUCAGUUGGUACAACGAUUUAGCAUUCUUGUUCGCAAAAUUUGGAAUCCCCAAGCAUUUAAGGGCCAAGUCAGUCCUCAUGAACUACUUCAGGAAAUUUCUAAUGCCAGUAAUAAAAGGUUUAAACUUGCUGAACAAAGUGAUCCAAUUGACUUUCUGUGUUGGUUUUUGAAUUCAAUGCAUAAAGAUUUGGGUGGAUCAAAAAAACAAAAUAGUAGUAUGCAUGACGGUGAGGUCAAGGUAGAAUCACAGUUAGUUAUUGUGAAAACGGAUGUCGAUGAAAAAGAUCGAUCGUUUGACGUUGACAGAGGUUGUAUAUCAUAUUGUACUCAUUUCUUUUUGAUUUUAAGCGAUUUCUUGACUAUUUACCUCGAUAAAUUAGAAAUUGUAACAACAAGGUCGCCAUUUCUUUUAUUAAAUUUGGACUUACCACCGCCACCAUUAUUCCAAGAUGAGGUUGAAAAAAACAUUAUUCCACAAGAAUCCGCUGGUACUUUAAAAAGGUCACAAUUGGUACGCCUACCUAAUUACAUUAUAUUUCAUAUAAAACGCUUCACCAAAAAUAAUUGGGCUGCUGAGAAAAAUCCAACAAUUGUCAAUUUUCCUAUUAAAAAUCUCGAUAUGGGAGAAUACUUAGAAAAUUCUAGUGCUGAAAAUCUUAGCACACAUUAUGAUUUAAUCGCCAAUAUUUGUCAUGAAGGUAAGCCGGGAAAAGGUAAAGGUAUUUACAAAGUGCAUGUUCAACAUCGCGGCAAAGAUCAAUGGUAUCAAAUUCAAGACUUGAUCAACUAG